CCGAGGAGGCGCCCGAGCCGCGCACCCGCCGCAGGGCCUACCUGUGGUGCCGCCAGUUCCUGCCCGGGGCCUGGCGGGCGCUGCGCGAGGACCAGUUCCUCAUCGCCGUCGUCAGAGGCGGCCUGAGCAACAUGCUGUACCGCUGCUCCCUGCCCGACAGCGUCCCGACAGUGGGCAGCGAGCCGCGCCGAGUCCUUCUCCGCCUCUACGGGGCCAUUCUGCAGAUGCGUUCCUGCGGUCGAGGAGGCUCCAGGCAAGCUCAGAGCGAGAGUGACUCGCAGGAUGCGGAAGCCAUGGUGCUGGAGAGUGUCAUGUUUGCCAUCCUGGCCGAGAGGUCUCUCGGACCCAAACUCUACGGGAUCUUUCCGCAGGGCCGCCUGGAGCAGUUCAUCCCGAGCCGUCGCUUGGAGACGGAAGAGCUGAGUUUGCCCGCCGUCUCUGCGGAGAUUGCGGAGAAGAUGGCUCGCUUUCACGGGAUGAAAAUGCCCUUCAACAAGGAGCCCAAGUGGUUGUUUGGGACGAUGGACAAGUAUCUGAACCAAGUGCUCAGGAUCCAGUUCACUGAGGAGUCGCAGGUGAAGAAGCUGAAUCAGGUCCUUGGCUACAAUCUGCCCGUGGAGUUGGGGAACCUGAGGGCCUUGCUGGAAUCCACUCCGUCUCCGGUUGUCUUCUGUCACAAUGACUGCCAAGAAGGCAAUGUGCUGUUGCUAGAGGGCCGGGAGAACGCGGAAGGGCAGCGCCUGAUGCUCAUCGAUUUUGAAUACAGCAGCUACAAUUACAGAGGCUUCGACCUAGGCAACCACUUCUGCGAGUGGAUGUACGACUACAACCACGACCGGCCGCCCUUUUUCCGGGCCAGCAGCCGCCACUACCCGACGAGGAAGCAGCAGCUCCACUUCCUGAGCAGCUAUCUGGCCGCCUCGCACCCCGGCUUCGCCAACCUCAGCCCCGAGGACCAGGCUGCCAUCAAGGAGGAGAUGUUGGUGGAGGUCAACAGGUUCGCCCUGGCCUCCCACUUCUUCUGGGCCCUGUGGUCCAUCGUCCAGGCCAAGAUCUCAUCCAUCGAGUUUGGCUACAUGGACUAUGCACUGGCCCGGUUCGACGCCUACUUCGAGCAGAAGAGGAAGCUGCGGGUGUGAGGGGCGGACGGCGGCCCCCUUCACCCGGCCGGGCGGGCACCGCCAGCCCGGGCUCCAGGCGGCGAGUGCGGCGGCGACGUGGCGCCCGGCGGGCUGGGGGGGGCCCGGCUCGGCCCCCGCCUCAGUAAAGGCCAUUGACGUUCCAUUGCCUUCGACCUCGUUUACUGGUCCCGGGGGCCACGGCUGGGAGGUCAGCCGCAAAAACGGGGUCUUUCUUUAGUGCAAUAGCUUCCCCCCCUUAUCCUGGAGUGGGAGUGGGAUGGGCGGUGGGGCGGGGGGUGAGACAGGCGGAGGCUGUCCCAGCUCCCGCAAUCCAGUCUCGUUUGUGGGAGGGAGGGACCGGUCUCCUAGAGGAGCCAGGGGGGAGCACGGCUGGUCCCCACCCCCGGCCACUGGGGCCGGGUAGUCCACGGGAAGCCCUCGGCGGGCCUGGCCUCCCCGCACGGCCAUCGACCCUCUGCUGCGAGACCGCUUCCCUCCUGCACGGGUCGGGCCGCGGCUCCACGUCCCCAAGAGGACGGGACCCCAGGCCCGCCUGAAUCCUGAAGCGGAAGUUGGGUGAGGACAGGGCGGAGCCUUGGGGCUUGGGUCCCGCCUGGCUGCGUCUCCCUGCGGUGGUCUGCCGGGCGGCCCCCUCUCUCUCCGUUUCCCCCCACCCCCAGCCUUUACCAAACUCAAAAUAAAAGUUGUAACACCUAGA